AUGUUCCACCUGGCACAAGGAAUAUAUCGCAACUGGAAUAAGCGAGAGCAGUAUUCCGUGCUUAUAUUAGGCUUGGACAACGCUGGAAAGUCCACAUUCCUAGAGCAAUUGAAAUCUAUAUACCGGUUAAGUUCACGUCCUCUAGAAAAAAUUGUACCUACCGUAGGUCAGAACGUGGCUACUAUCCCAGUAGAUAAGAACACGCUGCUAAAAUUCUGGGAUGUGGGAGGUCAAGAAGCAUUACGCGCGAUGUGGUCCGAAUAUUAUAUUCACGCACAUGGGAUAAUAUUUAUUAUCGACAGCUCAGAUAAGUACCGUUUAGAGGAGUGUUGCGAUUCCUUACAAAAAACCAUCACGGAUGACGACAUAGAAGGUAUUCCUAUUAUUAUGCUCGCUAAUAAACAAGAUCGUGAAGAUAAAAUGGAACUUCACGACAUAAAGCAAGUUUUUAAUAAACUAGCACAGCAUUUAGAUGCUAGAGAUAGUCGAGUACUGCCGGUAAGUGCUUUGAAUGGCGAGGGCAUUGCGAGCGCUGUAGAGUGGUUACUUAUUCGUAUAAAAAGAAAUAAGCGUGCCCGCCCACCUGUAUACAGGUAA